UCACCUUCAGUUUCUCUCUCUCUUCUGAUCGGCCAUCUUUUCUCGGGAAAAUUUGGGAACGAUUGAACUUGAUUUUCCGGCCAUGGCGCUCGCAGCUUGGCGCGCUACUCUUGUUGUUAUGCUGCUUCCUGUUCUUGUCCUCCUGCUUCUUCCGGUGGACUUAACCAAGGCGGAAGUCAUAACCCUAACUCCUGAGACUUUUUCCGACAAGGUGAAGGAGAAAGACACUGCAUGGUUUGUGAAAUUUUGUGUUCCCUGGUGCAAGCACUGUAAGAAUUUGGGAAAUUUGUGGGAAGAGCUGGGAAAAGCAAUGGAGGGGGAGGAUGAAAUCGAGAUUGGUGAAGUUGAUUGUGGAACAAGCAGAGCUGUUUGCACUAAAGUUGAUAUUCACUCAUAUCCUACAUUUAAGCUGUUCUACAAUGGAGAAGAAGUAGCAAAAUACCAAGGAAAAAGAGACGUUGAGUCGCUCAAGGCGUUUGCUCUGGAGGAAACAGAGAAGGCGGCAGAGAAAGCACAGCUUGAAGACAAGGAAUUAUGAUAAAAGCUCGUCAUUAACCCUAGAGAUGGAGACACAUGGAGAGCACUCGCAACUGGUGGAACUCAACUCCCCAGCGUUUGUGUCCAAAGGAGUUGUGUGAUCCCAUCAAAAGUGCUUUAGCUCAGAAAGCAAAACAGUUUCCAACGUUUUCUUGCAAGCGUUUUUUUUUUGUUACUUACCAACCUUCAUUUUAAACACAGAACUCUAGGACAUAGAUUCAACUUCACGUAGUAAAAAAUUGUUUCGUUCGUUCUGGUCCUA